AUGUUCCUCACAAGAAUCACCACCUGGCUGCACUCCAAGAUGGAGGAGCGGAAGACGAAAAAAGCCAGAAACGAAUGGCUCCGAGAAGCGUCUCUCGUGACAAGACGUCGAUCUUUUUGGCAUCCCAAAGAUGCCGUACAGCAAAGCUGUGUGGACUCCCCCACACGAGAAGAUUGGCCCACGCGGGCGAGAAAAUGUAUAAUAAAGGAGGGCCGUCUCCUCCUAUGUGAGUGCCGGCGGCCCGGCGCUCAUGACGCUGAAAUAAAGCGUCAUGAGCACCGGGCCGCUGGCAUGCCCAUCAUUUACGAGUGA